UUCUAAGGUCACGCUCCAAACCGAGAGUCGGGGACUGUGCGAGAGUGGCGGCGGACAUUGAUAACGCCGCUGCUGCUGCUGAUUAUCAUCAUUUCGCUGCUUGUGUUGAUUACAAUGCUGCUGUUGGUGAUUAUGAUAAUUGUUGAUGAUGGUGGUGCUGAUUGUGAUAAUGGGGCUCUGUGCCAGCCUAUGGGUCUGUAUGCAAGGGUAUGCGCGUGUGAUUGGAUCUCUACUGAUUCGUCGUGUGGCUAAUGCUGGUGUAGAGCAACAGCUGUGAUGUUGCGUCGAGCUGGUUGAGGAUCGAGACGAUUGCGGCGUCAGGAGUAGCCGAGUGGGCGUCACCACCAUCGCUCUGACGAUGAUGAUUCCCCCUUCGUGGCUGCGUUUGAAGCUCCGCGCUUCUCCUCUGGGGUGACAUGGUCCGGAACGUCAAUGAUGUGCAUGUCGAGUUCUCGAUAUAGCUCCCGUGGAGGGGGUGGGAGUGGUAUGGAGACGACGUGCAUCUAUCCUGGCACACGCCUGGCAAUGACGACCAUGGGGUCUCAGGGCCCCCUCCAAAGCUGCGACCUGAAGAGAGCAGGAGAAGAGGGAAGCCUUCAGAUGCAGUCACAGGAUCAUCUUCUUCAUCAACAUCCUCGGGGGGAAACACAAGACGAGUUGUUAUAUUAAUAUCAGAGUGUUCAUAUUCAUAGAACAGCCACCUCAGAAUAAACAAAUAGGAUACUGAAUUUUAAUCGUGGUAACAUCAGUCAUUUUGAUCAUCAUAAAUAAAGUACAAGUUACUAUGAACAUAUAUACCAUCGUCGUCAUCAUAAUAAAACAUACGUUGUUAUAUAAAUCAGCAUAUCAUCAAUAGCGACUGCAUACAAAGUAUGAUACGUAAUCUUAAGUGAUAUCAUUAUUAUCAGCAGCAGCAGCAGCAGAAAAGAGAGUUUUAAUAUAAAGCGAGAUAUCAUCAUCGUGAGAGGUGCAAUGGAAGCGCUGUGGACGAACGCGUCGCGACUCCCCCUGGGUUCUGCACUUGGCAACGCGACCUCGGAUCUCCUCAACCCUGGAGCGUCAACCAACAGCACCGCCAUCACGACGAACAGCAGCACCAUCAACACCAUCAACAUCAUCAACAGCAACAGCAGCAGCGCCGGCGGCGAGGAGGAGGAGGGGGGCGUGGGCGAGGAGGAUUUGGACGUGAACACGGACAUGUACACGAAGCUGCUCGUCACCCUCCUCUACCUCUUCAUCUUCACCGUGGGCACCGUGGGGAACGGCGCUACGAUCUACGUGGUGGCGCGCAAGAAGACGCUGCAGCAGCAGCUGCAGAGCACGGCGCACUACCACCUCGUGAGCCUCGCCGUGUCCGACGUGCUCAUCCUCGUGGUGAGCAUGCCCGUCGAGGUCUACAGCUUCAUCUGGUUCCACCACCCGUGGACCUUCGGCUCGUCGGCCUGCAAGGCUUACUACUAUCUGCGCGACGCGUGCACCUACGCCACGGUGCUGAACAUCUGCAGCCUGAGCGCCGAGCGCUACCUCGCCGUGUGCCACCCUCUGCGCGCCAAGGCCCUCAUGUCCCGCCAGCGCGCCAAGGGCCUGCUGGGCCUCGUGUGGGUGGCCUCCUUUCUGCUGGCACUGCCCAUGCUGUUCGCCAUGGGCACGGUGGAGAAGGUGCACAGGAAGGACGGCACGGCCGAUCCGAGUGGCGUGGUGUGCACCAACGUGGCGAGCGAGCUCAACCUGAAGAUCAUCCUGCAGAUGAACGCGCUCACCGCCUUCCUGCUGCCCAUGCUGCUCGUGUGGGCUCUCAACUCGCUCAUCGCGCGCUGCCUCCUCCUCAUGCUGCGGGGCGCGGCGGCUCCCGGCGCCGGAGUAGGGGGGGCAGGAGGGGGUCUGCGUCUGCGGCAGGGGGGCGCCCCCCCCAGGGCGCCCUCGCACGGGGGGGACGGCUGCGGGGCCCCGGGCUCCCCUCGCGGCUCGAGGCCCCGCGGAGCCUCACGGGGGCCACCGGGAGCCCCGCGCGCGCGAGGUCCCCGCGGGGACACCGAGAGCCUCUCGCUGGGAGUCUCGCUGGAGCCGUCGCGAGUCCACGCGCUGCGCCACGGGGUCGCCGUGCUGAGGGCGAUCGUGGUGGCGUUCGUGGUGUGCUGGCUGCCCUACCACUCGCGCCGCCUCAUGUUCUGCUACGUGCCCAAGGACUGGUGGACUCUCCAGCUCAACAACUUCUACCACUACUUCUACAUGCUCACCAACGCGCUCUUCUACGUCAGCUCGGCCGUCAAUCCCGUGCUCUACUACCUCGUGUCCGCCUCCUUCAGGAGCGCCUUCCUCGCCACGCUGCGCUCCCUCGCGCUCUGCGGCCGCCCCUGGCGAGGUGGGGCCGCUCCUCGCUGGGGGGGGCGAGCAAGGAGGAGGAAUGGCCGAGGCCGCUGCGAGGGGCCCUCUCCCGGCUCGCUGCUGCAGGGGGACUCGGCGCGGAGGGCCGGGGGGGGCGGCUCGGCGCUGCUGCUGCGCCUGCACGGCGCGGGGCCCCCCAGGGACUCGAGUCCCAACACGGAGGAGUCCAGCAUCAGCAUCUCCACCAUCGGCUCGCUGCGUUGACCGCGCAGUCCAA